AUGGACACACUGUAGUCGCAAAUCAACUUCCAACAUUGAACAGUCAAGCGGAAAGAGCAUUCUUAGAAUUUUUGAAAAAUGGCAUAUAUGAUGGAUAAUUUAGUUCAACCUAAUAUAAGUUCAAUUGCCAGUAAUUUGGGCCCAGAUUGGCUUUCUUCUGAGCAAAGUACAGGAACAUCAAUCAUGGCUUGUGAGUUUGAUGGAGGAGUUGUAAUUGGAGCAGAUUCUAGAGCCACUACUGGGGCUUAUAUCUCCAAUCGUUUUGCUGAUAAGCUGACUAAAAUCACUGAUCACAUUUAUUGUUGUCGUUCUGGUUCUGCGGCAGAUACCCAAGCUAUUUCAGACAUAGUUGCAUAUCAUUUGAGUCUGCACAAAAUGGAGCUGGGCAUGGAACCUUUAGUAGAAACAGCAGCAAAUGUGUUUCGUGAAUUAUGUUACAAUUACAGGGAUUCCUUAAUGGCAGGAAUCUUGGUGGCAGGAUGGGAUAGUCGUAAAGGAGGUCAAGUUUAUAGUAUUCCCCUAGGUGGUAUGUGUGUACGACAACCAAUUUCCAUUGGAGGAUCUGGUUCAACCUAUGUGUAUGGUUACAUGGAUGCACAAUACAAGCCAAACAUGUCAAGGGAUGAAUGUGUUAAACUUGUUGAAAACACAUUGGCAUUGGCAAUGUCUCGUGAUGGUAGCAGCGGUGGUGUCAUCCGAAUUGGCGUUAUUACGGAAAAAGGUGCUGAAAGAAAAGUUAUAUUAGGUAACGAAUUACCGCGUUUCUACGAGGGAUAAAAGUUGUGAACACUAAAUCCAAUUUAUCCUAUAUUUUUUAAAAUUCUGUAUCAAUCACGUGUUAUUUCUUAAUUAAAUUAAUGUAAAAAAUA